AGUUAAAGAGUACCACAUUUUCUACAGGUGCUUUGGCCAUAUUAGACAGUUCAUGGAUGGGCUGAAACUGCAUGGAGUUCUGGAUAUAAUGAUACUUCAUCACCAGGAGGCAACACAGUUUCUGGGCGAAGCUACAGCUUUAACUGCAGAAGUGGUGAAUAACUUUUACAGUUUCAGCUUUUCUGACAAAGGGGAUCCAAACUGGGAAACGGAAGAGGCAAUUGAAUACAACUUUCGCUGUUUCAUAUGUCAAGUUAAGAAAGGCCGGAUCAGCUCAACUGUAAUAAACAUUUCCACAGAAACUGCUGAGGAAGACAGCAUUCAAGUUACCCUUGAGCUGGUGUUGCAAGCCUUUGUUGGUUGUCAAGGAUUACCAAAAGACAUUCCAUCUGGACUAAUAGAGUUCAAUCAUAACAGUUCAGCUUUGAGCCAUGUCAACACUUGUGCCCCUAGUAUAACAUUUCAAAAUACAUCAAAACUCCUAAAAUUUGAAGAUUUUGAGCGGACAAUGCUGGAUAUCAUUUUUGGAUGUGAAGGCUUUGGCCAAAAGUAGUGAUCAACUAUUAAAGUUAAUUGUUACUGAACCAGAAGUAUUUUUAUGUUAUCGAAGUAAGAGCAUUUAGUCUCCGCUUCGUCUGUCUGUCCUU